GGAAGGCCAGCGUCGCUAUCAAAAACGUCCAGCUCGUUUCUUCCACUCUGCCAUCCACGCAUAUUCCCAAAUCACUGGAGCAAUAAGCGUCCAUCAUGGCGGCUCAGGAGGUUAUUAUGCUCAUCACACCGUGGAAGCCCCCAGCGGCGUGGGUUUCCGCUUUGGAGCAAAAGCUCCCCCAUGUCCGCAUCGAGCACUGCGAAGUCACCAUGUACGCGACGGAGAUCCCGAAGGAGAUUCCCGAGGAGACGUGGAGGAGCGUCACGGCGCUUUUCACGUGGAAAUUGUUUCCUCCCAGGGAAUCAGUGCCGAACUUGCAGUACGUCCAGCUCCUCAGCGCUGGCGCCAACCAGCUUCACGGGCUGCCGCUGUUUGAGGAAACGGAGAUUGCUUUUUGCACUGCGAACGGCGUCCAUCCUCCUCAAAUCACGGAAUGGGUGUUUGCAACGUUCCUCGCUUUCCAGCAUCAAAUCCCGGAGCAUCUUGAGAAUCAGAAGCUCUGUAAAUGGGUGUAUCCCGAGUCUGACGAAGACGUGGAGGAUGCCGUCGGCCUCAGAGUCGGCAUCCUCGGCUACGGCUGCAUCGGCCGACAGUGCGCCAGAGUCGCCAAGGCAUUCGGCAUGGACGUCUACGCAUACACCCUGCACGAACGAGCAACCCCCGAGUCCCGCAAGGCCGACACCUUCACCGAGCCCGGACUCGGCGAUCCAGCGGGGGAAUUCCCCUCGAAAUGGUUCUGGGGCAAAGACCAGUUGAACGCCUUCCUGGGGUCGAACCUGGACUUGCUCGUAAUCACCCUCCCGUUGACACAGGAGACCCGCGGGAUGAUUGCCCGGGAACAGUUCGAGCUCCUGGGUAAGAAGAAGGCGUACAUCAGCAAUGUCGGCCGGGGACCGGUUAUCAACACCGAUGCCCUUAUUGCUGCUCUGGACCAGAACCAGAUCCGCGGUGCUGCGCUGGACGUUACCGAUCCGGAACCGCUGCCGGCUGAUCAUAAGUUAUGGGGGUAUAAGAAUGUGAUCAUUACGCCGCAUUGCAGUGGGGAUUCGAAUCACUAUAAUGAGCGGUGUCUGAAUAUCUUUGCGUAUAAUUUGGAGAGAUGGUCACAGGGUAAGGGCCUUGUCAAUAGGGUUCGCAAGCAUUUGGGAUACUAGACAGCAAGAUAUAGAUUUUAGACAUGGGCGAAUUGCUUAUGGAACGCAAGUUCUGCUUGCAUAUGAGAUUUCCGUGCCUAUAUAGCAGUGCCUCGCUGGUAUGUAUUGGAGUAAGUUGACGUAGAAAGAAGUUCCAUAUACACUGGUUCUAUAACAGUGGAGUCCAAGGAGCCUCAACAGCAAUCUUCUUCGCAGAAAUACCGUUCCUCAGCCGAUCCAACGCCUCCUGAAUGCCAUCGACACCCUUCUUAUUCACCAUCUCCGGAGGCGGCGCAACCUUGUACAUGUCCUUCGCCAACGCCUCGAGCAAAUAUCCACCAAAAGUAGCGGGAAGCGCAGCCUUCAAGCCAUCGGUACCGCUCGUAUCAUAGGCCAUCUUCGCCUCAACGCCCUCCGGGGCAUCACCAGGCAUGACGGGGUUGGAGGAUGACACGAACAGCUUCUGCAUCGACUUGGCAGAUACCUGGCAUGCUGCUGCUACCUUCCCAGUGGCGAGGUAGAUACCAACACAAGGGCCCUUGUCCAAUUCCACAGCCACAUCGUCUGUAACAGUCGGGCUGUUGUAGUCGCAUACCUUAUUGGAACCGAGACUCUUGACAUACUCGGCACUAUGCGGAGAACACGUGAUAACUUUGAGUCCGGAUCCCUUGGCUAGUUCAAUUGCAUUGCUUCUCACUGCAGACUGCCACCCC